UUUAACCCUUUCGCUACGGACGCCGACUAUAGUCGGCGGCCGCGCGACGUGCUGUGUGUACGGAUGCCGGCUAUAGUCGGUGUCCGCGCGACGUGCUGUGUGUACGGGCGCCGACUAUAAUCGGCGUCCGCGAGGCCACCUACGCUGACCGUUAGUAAAACAGAAUCUACUAUACCGGUAGAAUAUCUUUUGAAUCUAAUAGUUCGUACUGAACUAAAUCCUGCAUAUUUUAUAUACGAAAUAAGAAUCUUCAAUUUUUUUCUAUUGGAUGGUAAAGUAUUAGUAAGGCACAAAGCUACAAUCGAAAACAAGGAUUAUAAUAUAAAGUAUCUCUUGAACCGAUAUUAAGUCGGACAAGAUAUAGAUUGAAAAGAUUAUUGUCUGCUUUUACAGUUAAGAUCAAUUUCGAGAAUGCCAGGAAGGAGUUCAAAAAGCAUUCUAUUUUUGAAUGGAUUAACCGACUCCGAAAAUGGUUCCGAGAGUGAAAACGUAGAUAAUUUCACUCUGAACAAAAAAAGAAGAUAUAUAUGUAAUACCUCAGACUCAGAAGUAGAAAACAAUGAGAGAGACAAUAACGACUAUUGCGAUUCGUGGACCACAAACACAUUCAUCCCUAAGAUACAUCCAUUUACAGCUGAAAAUACAGGAAUUAUAGCAAACAUUAGCAGAUUAGCGAAAAUAAUUGAUUACUUUGAGCUCUUUGCUUCAAACGAGUUCGUGCAAUACAUUGUAAAUGAAACAAAUGACUAUUGGUUAAAAAAAAAUAACAAUAAUAUGAAAGAUGGUGAAGGAACGACACUAUCCGAAAUAUACCGCUUUUUUGCAGUGUCAUUUCUAAUGACACGCAAUAAGAAGCUAUCCCUAGGGGAAUACUGGAGUGUAGACAAACUCCUACGUAGUGAUAUUUUUGGAGAGAUUAUGCCUAGAGACCGCUAUUUUAAAUUGCUAUCGAUGCUACAUUUCAGCCAAGAUAUCAGACCUACCAAUGAUAAAUUAUAUAAAAUAAGGAACGUGGUCGAUAUGCUCCGAAAUAAUUUCAGCCAAUCAUUUUAUCCUUACCGAGACUUGUGCAUCGAUGAAAGUUUACUUCUCUAUAAAGGGAGACUUUCCUUCAAACAAUAUAUUCCUUCAAAGAGAAGUAGAUUUGGCAUCAAGUCAUUCAUUCUUUGUGAUUGCCGAACUGGUUUUGUACAAGACCUUAUUAUUUAUGCCGGGUCAUCGACUAUGAGCAACAGCCAAAAUAAGGAAAUCGGCAAAUCGGGAGCGAUAGUAGAAACACUAAUGGCGCACUAUCUAGGAAAAGGACACACAGUUUUUCUAGAUAACUGGUAUUCAAGCCCACCCUUGUUUAAUUUAUUGUAUGAUAAUUAUACAAAUGCGUGCGGGACGGUAUCAAAAAGGCGACGAGGAAUGCCAAAGAUUACUGAUAUACUGAGAAAAGGAGAGGCAUCUUCCCGUUCAACUAAAAAUUUAUUAGCUGUAAAAUGGAUGGAUAAGAAAGAAGUUUAUAUGUUAUCCACCAUGCAUACUUCAGAGUUUGCAACGGUUGUUAGGCGUGGAGGAAAGAAAAUUCAAAAACCAGUAUGCGUCUUAGAUUACAAUAAUUGUAUGGGUUCUGUCGACAAAGUAGACAUGGUGAUUAGCACUAUAAAUUCGACACGUAAAUCUAUGAAAUGGUAUCGUAAAUAUUUUUUCCAUUUGCUGGACAUAUGCGUGUGGAAUGCAUACUGUCUAUAUAAACACAACACGCAACAACCGAUAUCUAUAGCCAAAUUUCACUUGAAAUUGAUCCGACAAAUAUUGCAAAAAUAUCAUAUGAACACUACUUAUCAUCAUCAAACAGGCAAAAACGAUCCAUUACGGCUAAUAGAACGGCAUUUUCCCUCACUGUAUAAACCACCAAGAAAAAACCGAAAUAGAAGGUGCGUCGUUUGUACCGCAAACGACAAAAGACGCGAUACUCGAUAUGAAUGUAAAGAUUGUAAUGUUGGUCUCUGCGUGGCACCUUGCUUUACAAUCUACCAUACAGAGUUAUAUUACUAAGAAUUAUUGUAUAAUUUGAUAUCUAAUUACCUUAAUUGUAUUUUUAUUUAUAAUAAUAAUAAAAUUUGUUAAUAUGUAAA